AUUCAAUCAAAACAAUGCUGCCCGGCCCAUCGCAGGUCAGAGUUCAUCGUUUAUUCUUGGCGUUCGUUCGCCGUUUUCGCUUGGAUAGCAGAGAGUCAAAUAGGCCUAGGUUUUUCAUCAUUACGCCUUAAAAAAAAUUAUUAUGGGUAAAUCCAAAAGGGAAGAUGAAGAACUGAAGAAGCUGAAAAAACUUAAGAAACUCCUUGGGGAAGAUAAGCUCCGCCAGGAACUUGAGAAGAUCUCUGGAAAAAGAGAAAGGAAGAAAAGCAAGAAGAAAUCGAGACAUUCAUCAGAAGAGGAAGGAGUUUGGGAGGAAAGGACAUUUACAGAAAAGUCUGGGAAUAAAGAUUCUUCGGACAACCAACAUAAAAAUGAAAGAGAAGAUAAGCUUCAAUGGAUGUAUAAAGGUGCUGAUGAUCUUGUAGAUGCUGAAGACUACCUUCUAGGAAAGAAAGUUGAUCAAGCCAUUGUCAGAAAACAAAGAGGAGAAAAAGAUGAAAAGAGUCAGGAAGCUUCAAGUUCUGUAGGUGCAAUAUUUGAUAAUUCUGCAUCCACCCAGGCUGUAGACAUGGCAAACAAACUCCGUGAAGAUCCUCUAUUUAUGAUUAAGCAACAGGAAUUGAACAAAAAGAAAGAUUUAUUGAAUAAUCCAGUGCGGAUGAAGCAACUACAAGAACUUCUGCAAAAAUCUAAACAAAGUAAAAAAAAGAAAAAGGAAAAAAAGCAAAAGAAGAAGCAGCGACAGGAAAGCUCAUCGGAUGAUUCAUCUCACAGUGACAGUGACGAUGUCAAAGUUCAUAAACUUCAAGGAUAUGGCUUUAUAAGUUCUAAAAAGCUUAAAAGAAGUCCUGAAUCUAAGCAUUCUAGACAUGAAGGAAGAAACAGAGGCAGCAGUCCUAACAGAAGGCAGGAUAAUUACUAUAGUUACAGAAAUAGGGAUAGCUACAGACAUCGCUCACCAGUAAGAAGGCAGAGGUCAAUGUCACCAAAUAGGUCAUACAGUGGUGGAAGAAGAAGUAGGUCACCAAGAAACAGGUCAUCAGGUUCAACUAAAAAAAUGGAUGACAAAGAAUUAGAAAGGAGAAGAGCAGAGAUGAUGGAGAAUGCAAAGUCAAGAGAUAAAGAUCGCAGGAGUAGAGUUCAAAGAUAUCGGGAUGAAGACCGGGCCGAGAAGGAAGCAGAAACAAACAAAUCGCGCAAUGCAGAGUUUAUUGAGCCAAUGAAGCUUUCAGCAACCAGUGUUGAAGAUCGAAUUAAGAGAAACAUUUACAACAUACAGAGAACAAGUGUUGCACUGGACAAGAACUUUGCCAAACGCUGAGUGAGAAACAUUUACAACAUACAGCAAAUGUUGCAUUUUACCAAAACUUUGCUAUAUGCUAAGGGAAAUACAUGAAAAGCACACAGAGAAUAAUGUGGUGCGUUAGAGAAGAACAUUGCCAAGGAAGAAACAUUUAAACAGGGGAGUGAAUAUUCUUUCAUAUUGGAAUUAAAAGUCACAUAAAUGGGCUGAUUAUCUGUAUAAUAUCCACCUUGUUGAGGGGGUUGAUCAUUUGUAAAAUGUUCUAUUUUUUAUACUCAAGGACAAUAAAUUAC